AUGUCGACACUGGCGGAGGCAUCCUCUAACGUGGGCAGCGCGACGGCAAAUGGCAUCACGUUCGAGACCGGAAAGAUCGCCCAGCUGGCGGACGGAUUCGUGACGGCGAGGCAGGGGGGUACGGUGGUGAUGGUUUCGGCCGUCAGCAACAGGGCGGAGAUGGACGACUCUGGCUUCCUUCCCCUCUCGGUCGACUACCGCGAAAAGGCACACGCCCUGGGAAAGAUUCCUAGGACGCCUAACCGGCGGGACGGGAGAGAGACGGACGAAGAGGUGCUGGUGGCGAGGGCGGUGGACAGGGUACUCAGGCCGCUCUUCCCCCCGGGGUACUGCUUCGACACGCAGGUUGUCGCCACUGUGCAAGCUUUGGAGGCGGGUGGCGACCCGGUCGUGGUUGCCAUCAACGCCGCCUCAGCCGCGCUCUGCGUGUCCAACAUCCCUUGGGAUGGGCCGGCGGGCUGCGUGCGAAUAGGCCGCGUGGACGGCAAGCUCGUGGUGAACCCUUCCCCGGAUACAUUUUCGCCCACCGCUUGGAACGACGGCGGGGGGUUCGACCUGCUCUACGCGGCAAACGAGCACCGGGUGCUGAUGAUCGAAAUGGGGGGCGGGCCCACGGGCGAACGGUUGAUGGACUCGGCCCUCAAGCUCGCCCACAAACAUGUGGCGCCGCUGAUCGAGGCCCAGCGCGCUCUGCAGCGGGACGCGGGCAAGGAGAAGGUCCUUCCGCGCUCCGACGCGGCCCCGUCACCGGGUAUGCUCACAGAGGCCAUGCGUGUUGGGCUGCCGGACGCGAAGGCUCUUUUCGCGGCACCACCAAAGGGCGGCGAUGACGCCACUGCCGGAGAGAGUGGAAAUCCCUCGAAGGCGGAUCGGGGGAGGGCGGAAGGGGCGCUCCUGGGGAGGGUCCGCAAAGCGCUGGCGACGAGCUUUCCCGACGCUCCUCCGGCGGCAAGGGUUGCGGCUGCGGAGGCGGUGCUGAAGCGGGCCAUGCGGGCGGCGAUCGUGGAAGAGGGCCGUCGUCCGGACGGUCGAGGGAAAGACGAGGCGCGCGACCUCACCGGAGAGGUGGACGUUCUCCCGACGGUGCACGGGUCGGGCAUGUUCACACGCGGUCAGACGCAGACCCUGGCUAUCGUCACCCUCGGCCCCGCCCUGGAGUCCGCUCCGCAGCGGUUCCUCGGCAAAGCACAAGAGGCCUCAGACACGCUCGACGCCAGGCUUUACCUGCAUUACGAGUUCCCCCCCUACUGCGUCAACGAGACGGGCAGGGUGGGACUUGUGAACCGGCGAAUGGUUGGACACGGCAACCUCGCCGAACGCGCGGUGCUGUCCGUAAUGCCCGAGACAGAGACCUUCCCGUACACCACGCGCGUGUCUGCCGAGGUGACGAUGAGCAAUGGAUCGUCUUCGAUGGCGACAGCGUGUGCCACGUCUCUGGCCCUCAUGGAUGCCGGAGUGCCGGUUUCUUCACCGGUGGGAGGCAUUUCCGUGGGAUUGAUGACGACGGACGCACCUGCGGACGGAGAGGACAUCGGGCCGCACUCGAUCCUGAUGGACAUCCAGGGGACAGAGGACCAUUACGGGGAUAUGGACUUCAAGGUGGCGGGGACGGCGACGGGCAUCACAGCGAUUCAGCUUGACGUGAAACUCAGGGGGGGUGUUCCUCUACCAGUUCUAAGCGAAGCGCUCAGGGUUGCCAAGGCAGGCCGUGCACAGGUCCUGAAGGCGAUGAAGAAAGCGAUCGGGUCGCCCAACGGUACUCUAAAGGACAGAGCCCCCCGGUGCGAGAUCGUCCACUUCGAGGCCGACCGGAAGAAGGACCUGGUCGGCUUCCAGGGGCAGACCAUGAAGGGCAUCGAAGAAAACUUCGGCGUGGCACUGGACCUUUCCACCGAGGGAAGAGCGGUGGUGUUCUCCGACAACGCCCAAAGCGUAGCUGGGGCAGUGAGGCUCGUGCGAGAGCUGGUGCACGAAAUCGAAGAGGGGGACUUCUACGAGGGGACAGUGACGACAGUGCACGAAUACGGUUGCUUGGUGGAGCUGCUUCGCAACCAGCAGGGCCUGCUGCAUGUGUCCAACAUGACCGACAAGCUGCCUGCCCCGCCAGCGAGAGAUAUCGUCAAAGUCGGGGACACUGUGGGCGUCAGGGUCAUGGAGGUGGACAGACUCCGUGGCUUGAUCAAGCUUGCCUCGGAGAGCCACCCAUCUUCGUCGACGUCCAAACCUGGCCAGGGGCGACGAAGUCCGACAGUGGCAGGAGAGGACGAAGAGAUGCAGAAAGCGAGCCAAUGA